AUGGAGGACUGGGAAACUGCACAAGAGACAAUAAAAGCAGAUAUCAGUCAACUAAAGGACCAAGUAGGUCAAAUCUUGGAGGCCUUGAAGUCCUUAAGGGCCUCAGGAGAAGCUUCAUCAGCAAAGGGUGAGAAAAGCACUCAUGACGCUCCUAUUGCUUUUCCAACAUACGGAUUGCCAUCGAGUUACACCCCACCUGUUGGAGAUUAUUCAGAGGCUGAACAUGCUUCCUUCUCAUUCCCAAUCAAUACUCCAAGGAAUGAAGGGACUACCUUUGCAGAACCACGAGUGACUGUAAUACCUAAGCCUUUAAACACAACUGUCGAUGAUGACUCUUUGGGCAAGAUUACACCACACCCUACUAUGCAGUCCGUAUUCGUUGAUGUUGAGGGAACCAAAACUAAGUUGGAAAUUUUGGAAGAACGAAUACGAGCUAUUGAGGGAGGUGGAAACUAUGGGUUUGGCGAUGUUGCAGGUUUAAGCUUAGUUCGUGAUGUAACAAUACCUCACAAGUUUAAGGUUCCGGAGUUCGAAAAGUACAAGGGUACCACAUGUCCUAGAAGCCAUCUAACCAUGUAUUAUCGAAAGAUGGCCGCCUAUGCUUACGAUGACAAAUUGUUGAUCCACUUCUUCCAAGACAGUUUGGUUGGGGCAGCAUUGAGUUGGUAUACCCACUUGGAGGCGUCUCGCAUUCGCUCUUGGAUGGAUUUGGUAGAUGCUUUUCUGAAACAGUACAAGUAUAACAUGGAUAUUGCGCCAGAUCGUUUGCAAUUGCAGAACAUAGCCAAAAGGGAUGCAGAAUCAUUUAAAGAGUAUGCCCAACGAUGGAGAGAGCUUGCUGCUCAAGUGGAGCCUCCUCUUCAUGAUAAAGAAAUGGUGGCAAUGUUUGUGAGCACGUUACAACCACCGUUCUAUGAACACAUGGUAGGGAAUGUAUCUUCAGUUUUCGCCGAUAUUAUCAUCAUAGGUGAAAGGAUAGAGAUCGGGCUGAAGAAUGGAAAGAUUGCAUAUAGCCCGCUCGCGGCUACAACUCCUAAAAAGCCCGAUUUCAGUCUCGGGAAGAAGAUGGAAGUAGAGGUGCACGCAGUAUCAACAAUACCUAAGUGGGAAAAUCAGACUCUUGCUUACCAAGCACAAUCUCCACAACAGGGAUCCUAUCAAUCACAACACAAUAACACUUGGAAAAUUGAGGCUAACACAAAUCCCAACCAGUCUUUGGGGCAAAUCACUAGUCCUAGAAGGAAUCAAGAAAGGAAUUAUAUUCAUUUCACUCCUAUUCCUGUGACUUACACGGAGUUGUUGCCAGAUCUACUCCGUAAUGCUUUGGUAGCUAUCUGCCCGAUGAAGCCUUUGGAGCCACCAUACCCUAAGUAUUUUGAUGUAAAUGCCACAUGUGAUUAUCACGGGGGAGCCAUUGGUCACUCUACUGAGAAAUGUUUGUCUUACAAACACAAAGUUCAGGCAUUAAUCGACUCAGGGUGGUUAAAAUUUCAAGAGAAUAAACCCAACAUUAAGACCAAUCCCCUAUCUGGGCAUGAUAAUGCUUCAAUAAAUGCUAUUGAUCUCGAGGGACGCCAGUUGGUGAAGAAUGUGAGCGAAAUUAAGAGUUCACGAAGGUUUAUUUUUGAGACACUACUAACAGUAGGAUUAUUGGAAGGUGAAUAUAACUUAAGGGAUGCAUGCGGGUUCCAUCCAGGUGCUGAACAUUCCAUCGAGGCGUGCAAAAAGUUUGAAAAUUUUCUACAAAAAUUGAUCGACAAGAACUUCGUGCAAGUAUGUUGUGGGGACAAAGAUGACAAGAGGAGGCUGGUAGAAGAAAAGAAUGAGCUAGGCCUGGCUCGCAUAGAAGGACAAGAACGAAGAAAAGGGAAGAUUUGCAUCAGUGACAUCAAAGAGAGCUUCCGCAGUGUUAGAUGGAUUAACACUUGUCAGAUAUCACCCAUCGAGGAUGGAAAUGGAUUGGAAAGCUUAGACUUUGUGCGGUCCUGUCCUCCAGACAUAUAG